GCCCCCUCCCCAUUGGCUGGGGGCCGCCGUCAAUCAGCCGGCGGCGCGUGGCGGUGCAGUCGACCCCCGGGUGUGGUGGUCACGUGACUGCAAGCCCGUUUCCGGGUUGGCAGCUUCCCUGGUUUGCAGCUUGCAAGAUGGGGGUGCUGCGUCCUCCUUCUCUGGAAAUAUCUGAGGCAACCCUGGCUCAGGUCAGGGCCUGGUGGUAUCGGAAGGAUAUGAUUUGAAGUUGGGAAAUGGAAACCAAGCAUCACAUCAAGAUUGAAUAGAGUUGCUCGAUUCAUCAGGUAUUUGGCGAUUGUCAGGUUUGGAAUGUGGAAGGAGAAACGUUCCUCUAUUGUGUACAGGGGAGAACAUUUCAAUCAGGUGAGAGUGGAAAAGCACUGAGACACACGCACACACUCUCAAGGGAGGGUGUUCGAGCGCAUUCACUGUGCCAAGAGCCUGAAUAGCCUGAAACAGUACCCCACUACUCUCAGUGGUGAAAGAAUCACUCGUGCGGUCAAGAGAGACACACACAACCAGCGCCAUGGAGAAACCGUGGAAGUGUGAGGACUGCGGUAAAAGGUUCACUUGUUCGUCCCGGCUGGAUAUACACCGGCGCAUUCACACCGGGGAGAGGCCGUUCACCUGCUCCGAGUGCGGGAGGAGGUUCACUCAGUCGUCCGGCCUUUCCCUGCACCAGCGGGUCCACACCGAGGAGAAGCCGUUCAGCUGCACGACCUGCGGGCACGGCUUCAAGUCUUCCUCCCUGCUCACCGAGCACCAGCGGAUUCACACGGGGCAGAAGCCGUUCGCUUGCUUCGUGUGCGGGGAGAGGUUCGAUCAGAUAGACGCCGUCCAGUCGCACCACUACUUCCACACGAAGGAGGGCCCGUACAGGUGCGCGUCCUGCGGGAAGACCUUCAGGCAGGCGAGCGACCUCCAGGAGCACCGGCGCACUCACACGGGGGAGAAGCCGUUCACCUGCUCCGUGUGCGGGAAAGGAUUCCCGUGGUCAUCCCAGCUGCUGACACACCAGCGGGUCCACAGUGUGGAUCAGCCUUUCAGCUGCUCGGUCUGUGGGAUGGAGUUCACUCAAUCGCAACACCUCCUGAGACACCAGCAAAUCCAUAGGUAACCAGACUGCACUGCUUUUCUGUGCUGACAGUAGACUGUCCAUCUCAGAUGCAACUGACGUCAUUAGGUUUGCGUCUGCCAAUGUUAACGACUCAAUAAACUGGCUGAAGUUUACUAUUUUGUGGGACAGAAAAUAUUGGAAGUGACUCAUCGGAUCCCGAGAGAAGGACAGAGUUAACGUUUUCAAUUCCGACAUGACCUUUUUUAUUUUCCCAGAACUUGAGGAUACGCUAAACUGUCACAUUACGAAAGAACGAUGAUUGAAACGACGGGGACAUCUUACUCAGUGUGACGGGGGUCACUUUUAAAAUGCUCUUAUCUGCUUGCAGACUGUGGUUCUGUGCCAAUAGAUCAUCAGAGGAACAAUCUCCCAAAUAUUUUUGGUCAAGGAAUGUCAAAGCUGCAGCUUAACGACGAAGGCUAACUAUUUUGCUCUCAGCAAUUGCUUGAAAAAUGGCGCAUUUUGUUACAGCUUUUUUUUUUUUGCGUGGUCUCAUGCUCAUUAGAGCAACACGAAUCUUUUUAUUUUUUUCAAAUCCUCAAGUUCUGAGCGACCAAACAACUGUCUUUAGUCUUCUGUGUGUCUUCAGCUUUAUUAUAGUUAUUUGCAAAGUUACCUGAAGAACAAACAGCGGGGGGGAAAAGUGACCUUUUUUUUGUGCAAGGUGGAAUAUUUUAAAAAAAAACACACAUCCUGUAAAACGCAGAAUGGCUUUUUGAUUCGAUUUGAAAAGAUAAUUGAAGCAUCUGUGCGCAUUUUGAGAAACCAGCAGAAAGAUGAACCCUUCUCCUCUGACCGGGAGGUGCUGAUUUAAGGGAAGGCUUUUCCUUUUACGGGCUUGCCUCUACAAAGAGGGAUUGGAAGGUGGUGUUUUCAGAGCUGCCACGUGCCCUACAUGAAGGAUGCUGCCUGUCUCUGGGCAGUAGUCCCUCAGUGGAGGGUCAGCCUGGACAAUGGGCUCCUGUUUCCUGUGGCGAUAGAGCAGUGUCAUUCGGAAGUAGUGGUCCCUGUAACGUCCCUCUGAGCUGGGGCAAACUAUUCAAGAGCAGGCGUGCCUGUGUGGCGAAAGUGAUUUUGUGCAAGAUGCAGUGGGGCCACUUGCUCUUAAAUCUCCAAUGCGAUGUUCACGGAAGAUGUGAGUGAGGCAGCACACGGACGUCGCAAUUCUGUUUGUAAAUUAUAAGCGACGAUGCAACUUCCAUCAGUUUGAUUUCACCGGAGCGUCUGAUCACCAAAUCGCAACGGCGCCAUCGUCUUUCUCUCUCAUCUCCCUUCAUCAUCACAUUUGUGCGGUUUUAGUAUCGUCUGUGAUUUCGACAGGACAUGUAGAGGCUAAUGUUUCCUGUGUCGAGCGCAAUCUCUGACUGGGGGUUGGUCGCCGGGUGUCAUUGUUAAUGUGUCAUUGCUCACUCUGUGUAGAUUAAACAGUUUCAGAGAACGGAAGUGAACUUGGAAGGUCAGUCUCUCGCACGAUCCUUAGACUGCUUUCUCUGGCAUCAUGAGCUUCCAGGUACCAAGAUUUUUAACGAACCAAUUGAACAGUGGGGUUGCUGUUGGCCGUCCAAUUGGACAGGAAGUUCAGUGUGUAUGUGAAUGUGCCUGUUUAAGUUGGGUGUGUGUGUGUGUGUGUGUUUCAUCAAGAGUGUGUAGAUGUAUCUUUGUGUAUUUCUGAGCCUCUGGGGAAUCCCAUUGAGUGAUUUGAAUGAGACCAUUUGGAGCUCCUACAGCUGGGUGACAGUGCUGUGUUAUACCUGGCGUUCCCUGUCUGCCCAGUCAUUCCAUCCCAGUCAGCACCUGAACCGUCUGUUAUUUCACACGUUCCCGUGUUUCAACGCUGUCGGAAAUCGUGUGUCUCAAACUUGAUUGAGUUUAUGUUGAAGAGGUGACCGAAACGGUGGAUGAAGGCAGGGCAGUCAAUAGACUGCUGAGUAAGCACAGUGGUUAGCACUGCUGCCCCACAGCGCCAGAGACCUGGCUUCAAUUCCCGCCUCAGGCAACUGACUGUG